AUGGGCCGUUUCGACCACAAGAAGUCUCGUCUGCCCACCCGAGAGGGUGCCGGAUCUCGCCCUUCUCUUCGCAGCCUUAUAUCGGCACCAGUGGGACCGAUUCAUCGCAGUAACGGCCAAGACCUCCAGCGGAGCGAGGGAUUCUCCAUCGUCCCCUCGAUCGACUCCUGCGCCGGCUCUAACCCUAAUAACCCAACCGUAGGUGAACAGAGCAAAGAGCAUCUCGAUAUGGCCGACGCCCGAAGCAACAACAAUGGUCGGAUCAUGGAAGGCGGUGUCGACAAAACUCGGCUCCGCAUUCCGACCAGCUCUUCGACACCUAUGGUAAGACGGCUUUCUGCAAGCUACAGGGGUGGCCGGCCGCCUGUUGGAAGCCCUGUUACUGCCAGCGAGAACAAGACGACAACUCGUGGCACCCUUGCCAUGUCACGAACGACUAUUGGUUCUAAUGCAUCGGCCACCAAGUUCCAAUCCCAGCUCAGGGUUGGUGAGUCAGGACGUGCCAGUCUGGGCAGCAUGAAGCCAUUGCCCGAACUGCCAGCUGUGAAGCAAACCAAGGGCAGACUGAGCUUGUUCACCGGAAAGAAGAGCAACUCAACUUUCAGUCUUGGCACCAAGGCCAAUUUCCAGACUAAAAAGCCUUCAUUCGAGCCCACAACCAAGACGGCUACCUCGGACAUCGAGAUCAAGUCCAUCGCCUACCCGCACGCUCCUCCUCCCAAGCCUCGUCUCACCAAGUCGAGAACUCUCGCGGCACUGACUAACCUGACUGCCUCUCUCUCACGAACAUCGCUCGUCUCGGACCGCAAAGCCAGUUCCUCUUCCAAGGCCAGCGUGCCUUCCGUCAGAACUGCCUCGCCCGCGGUAUCCACCCUAACCCCUUUCCCCGUCCUUCCCGAGGAACCCCCCGUGUCUUCUCAGCCCAACGAUGUCACAUCGGCCCAGCCCUCGGCGUACUGGUCGGGGAGAUACCUUGCCCUCCACGACAGAUACAAGUCAGAAGCCAACCUGACCGAAGCCCCGAUGCGUACCCUUCUCGCCCAGACGCCGAACCGCAUCACCCCGCGCUCGGGUCUCACGCAGAGCAACACCACCGUCGGACUGACGACCCUGACCAGCUUCCAACAGACCAGCAUUCCCUCUGUCGCCACAGGUCGCACCUACGUCGACGACGAACCCAUCGCCAUCUCCGUGUUCCGCCGCCUUGAGGAGCUCUGCACCACGCCCGAGGCCCGCGAGAGCCUGCGAGCCUGGCAGCUGUCGUACGCGCGCAAGAUCAACUGCGUCAAGCUGCUCCCCCCGGGCGAGACGAUGGAUGGCUCUGCUCCUCCUCGUGGUGAGGGCGUCGUCGCUCGUUUCCUGGCCCGCAAGAGCGUCAGUGAGCACACGGAUGGAAAUGCACUCCGCAGCGACUUGAAGAAGUCCGUUGUCAGCAAGAAACCGAACAAUGUCUGA